AUGCCUCGGAAAAUCCGCGACUGCCAGCCAAGCUGUGACCUGGCGAUGGUAGACUGGAGACCUGGUGAUCUCAGAAGGGAUCCCCGCUGGGAGAUAAGUGUGCCAUCCAUUCCCUGGAGUGGAGACGGCCUGACAGCGGAACUCACCAAAGAGGGUACCAUUCCAGACGAGGUCUUUGCGAAGGCAUGCCUCUCCUCGUCCACAGAGGCCCUGCACUGCGCCGAGCGCAUCGGUUUCCCGGUGAUGCUCAAGGCCUCUGAGGGCGGCGGCGGCAAAGGCAUCCGUAUGUCCCAGAGCAAGGAGGAGCUCGAGCAGCACUUUGCGCAAGUUCAGGCUGAAGUUCCUGGGUCGCCGAUUUUCAUGAUGCAGCUCUGUAGUGGUGCUCGUCACAUCGAAGUGCAGAUCGUAGGGGAUCAGCACGGUCAGGUGGUGGCAUUGAGUGGGCGCGACUGUUCCACUCAGAGACCUUUUCAGAAGAUCUUUGAGGAAGGUCCUCCGGUGAUAGUACCCAGAAGUACCUUCAAGGAGAUGGAACGAGCAGCGCAGCGGCUGACAGCCAGCAUUGGCUACAUGGGUGCGGGGACCAUUGAGUACCUGUACAACGCCAAGACCAACCAGUUUUACUUCUUGGAGUUGAAUCCGCGUUUGCAAGUGGAGCAUCCUGUGACCGAAGCCAUCACUGGAGUGAAUUUGCCUGCAACCCAACUCCAAGUGGCCAUGGGAAUUCCACUGGAUCGGAUGCCACAGAUUCGCAGCUUUUACGGAAAGAGCACUUGGGACGCCACCAAGAUCGAUUUCAUGACAGAUGAGUAUGUCUACCCCAAGGUGCAUUGCAUUGCUGCUCGCAUCACUGCAGAAAAUCCAGAUGACGGCUUCAAACCCACCAGUGGGAAGAUUGACCGAAUUAAGUUCCAAAGUUCCGUAGCAUGCUGGGGAUACUUCAGCGUUUGGACCCACGCGGCCAUCCACGAGUUCGCAGAUUCGCAGUUUGGGCACCUUUUCGCGCGCGGAGAAGAUCGAGAGGAAGCGCGGAAGACGCUGGUGUUGGCCCUUAGCAACUUGGAGGUGGUGGGUGAGAUCCGGACGCCCAUCGAAUAUUUGGUGGAGCUCUUGCGAACUGAGGCAUUCUGCCGGAACUCCAUCGACACCAGCUGGUUGGAUGGAAUGAUUCGGGAGCGAACUGUCAAAGUGAAGUAUGAGAAGCUGGACGUGGUCUUCUACGCGGCCGUGCUCCGGGCAGUGCGCCGCUUCGAGGCAAGGGACAAGGACCUGGCAGAGGCCAUUGCGAAGCGCCGCCUGGGGCUGUUGCAUCAGGUGGGUCACUCCACCGUGGACUUCGAAAUCGCCUUUGAAGGGCACAAGUUCCAGUUCCUGGUUCGGCGCCUGGCCAGCAACCUCUACGACUUCACCGUGGCCGAUCAGACCAUCCAAACGCAGGUGCGGGUGCAGCCAGACAACUCCUUGCUGGUCUCCAUCGAUGGCUCAGUCAUGAAGGUUUCUGGCAGCGAGGAAGCGCUGGGCCUGCGCUUGCGCUUGCAAGGCAUUGGCACAGUGUUGCUGCCCACCAUCUUUGAUCCCUCUGAGCUCCGCUCCGACUUCAACGGCAAAGUGAUCCGUUACCUGGUGCCUGAAGGUGGUUCUGUGCAGAAGGGCCAAGCCUAUGUGGAACUGGAGGCCAUGAAGAUGGUCAUGCCGUUGAAGGCCAGUGCAGCCGGGCUAGUGAAGCAGUUGAAGGGUCCUGGAAGCAUCGUCGCAGCUGGGGAGCUCUUGGCCAGGCUCCAACUGGAAGAUCCCAGCAGCGCGCCGCAGCUGGACCCCUUCGUCGGUACCUUCAGCCUGGCGACGGAAGCGCCCGGGCCCAGGACGGCGACGGCGGGGCCCGAGGCAACGGCGAAGGUCUGCCGCGCGCUGGAGGGCUAUGCCAUGCAGGGCACAAAGCAGCAGCUGGCGAAGGAGUUGUUGAUGGAGGAAGAGACUGGAAGCAAGUUGGACCAGGCUUUGACUGCACUGGAGCAUUACCUCAGCGUGGAGCGAAAAUUUUCCGACUCGUACGCGCAAGGUUGCAGCAUGGAUUUGGUGGUGGCCAAAUUGUUGGAUGCUGAGUCGUCGCCGGAGGAGGCCGCCCGCGACCUCUCAGCCAAUGGAGCACCCGGUCGUGCUGAACUGGUCGGUGAGAUCUUGCAGGGCUUGGAGGCCUUGCAACCGCAGCAGAAGGAGGUGGUAGCAGAGGGCAAACUGCCUCGUGCCACCUCACAGAAGCUGUGGCAAUCUGUGCGUGAGCAGGGCAACUGGACUCGCCUUGCAGAUCUGCUGACUGAGCUGGCGGAGCUGCCGGCAGUGGCCAGCUACGCGCCCGUGCGCCUGGCGGCCAGGCGUUUGUGCCAGACCGUCUCCGGGGAGUCGUGGAUGGAGCGCUUCCAGACGCUGCAAGCGGCCUUGAAAUCCGGCGAGCAGAAGGUCUUGACUUGGCCACCACAUGAAGCUGGAUGCAACCUCCUGGCCCACGCGCUUUCCGAGAAGGAAGUGCAGGUGAAGGCUUUAGAGGUGCUGAUUCGGCGCAGCUACCGUGCCUUCGGCGUCUCCAAAGAUUCGACCAUCCGCAUUGAAAGGAAGGAGGAAAGCCUCGAGGCCAAGUGGAAAUUCCGACAUCCAGGUGUCCCAUGCGAUGCCAAAGCCAUGACCGUGUGGCAGGGUAUAGCCAAGGUCUUUCCGAACUAUGAAUCCCUGAAGCAGUACCUGGCUUCGGAGUUGCAGAUCGGCGAUCGGGGUGAAGGUGAAGGUUUGAAAGCGGGGCGCUUGCACUUGGUGCUUCUGGGGGAGGAGGCAAUGACCAGCGCAGGGAGCGAGGAACGGUUUCAUCAGUUGGUGACAGAGCUGCACCAGCUCUUGAGACAGGUGGAGGCGAAGCUCCAGUCUCUUGGGGCGUUGGAAGUGGUUCUGAUGCUGCCGAAGCAUCCCAGCCUGGGCAGCAAUGCCGAUGAGCCACGUUUUGCCUUCUUCGCCCAACGUGCCAGCUGGACAGAGGUGUUCAGCUGUCGUGAUCUGGGUUUCAACUUACCGUGUCUCUUAGAAGUGGAACGCCUUGAGGGUGCGAAGUUGGAGCGCCUGCCACCUGUCUCCUCUGCGGAUCCGCAGUCGGAGGUCUUCCUGGCCACGGGCGGCGGGUCGGCCAAGGUGGUCCACGUGCGUUCCGUGUCGCACAGCCGGCUGGGUUUUCAGCCCAGUAGCAACUCUUGGGUCUCGCGGCUCGAGGCCUUGCUGUUGGCGGUGGUGCACGAGAUGGAAUGUGCCAGACUUUCUCCCAAGGCUGCUGGCAGCGAAGGUCGGAUGUUUCUGCACCUCACCUCGUUGGCAGAGAUUGCAGCCACGGACCUCUUCCAACUGCUGCAGUCCUUCGUGGUGGAAUUCGUGGCACGCCAUGGUGCGCUCCUACAGGCCUUGUGGUUGGAUGAGAUCACGCUGAAGGUCCGCUUGGCAAACUUGGGAUCAGAGGUUGAUGGCUGCCAAGGGGUUCUGCGCUUCGUUGCGACCUCUGGUGCUGGGGAGUACAUGAAAUGCCACGGUUGGUUGGAGGAGGUGGACCCCCUGAGUGGUUCCCCCGUGGCCUGGCGCGACCUCUCCACGGGGCAGACGGAGGGCGCAGCGGCCACCGUGGCCGAGACGGCGGAGGCGCAGCGGCGGCAACGGAGGCAGACGGCCCGGCGGGCGGGAUCCACCUAUGCGCCCGAAUUCCUGGGUUUGUUGGAGGUGGCACUGGUGAAAGACUGGGCGAACUUUUCGCGCAAGCGACAAUGCUCGGUGCCCAAGGAGCUGUUGGUGGCCAGCGAGUUGAAACUGUCCAGCGGCGAGCUGCAGGAAAGUGACAGGAAGCACGACAUCAGCAGCAGCGACAUCGGCAUGUUGGCCUGGCGACUGUUCCUGCGCACCCCGGAGUUCCCUGAGGGACGCUCCCUGGUGUUGAUCGCCAACGACGUCACGCACCAAGCAGGUUCCUUCGGUGUGGCAGAGGACCAGUUCUUUAAGAAAGCCACGGAAUACGCGCGGCAGCGGGGCUUGCCACGGGUCUACAUCGCCUGCAACAGCGGUGCACGCGUCGGGCUGGUGGAUGAGAUCAUUCCCAAGCUACAGGUCCAAUGGAAAGAUGCCAGCGACCCAUCCAAGGGCUUCGACUUCCUUUACCUCACCGAAGCGGACUACCAGAGCCUACCCUCGGGCGCCGUCAUCGCCACCUUGGUGCCGGAGGUGGGCUAUGCCCUGGAGGCGGUGGUGGGCUUGGGCUGCCGUUCCAUCGAUGGCGGCAUCGGUGUGGAGAAUUUGCAGGGCAGUGGCUCCAUCGCGGGCGAGACGUCGCGAGCAUACAACGACAUUUUCACCUUGUCCUACGUCACUGGCAGAUCCGUGGGCAUCGGUGCGUAUCUGAACCGCCUGGGACAACGGGUCAUCCAAUCGGUGGAUGGGCCCUUGGUACUCACUGGCUAUGGUGCUCUCAACAAGUUGCUGGGGAAGAAUGUGUAUUUUUCGCAAGACCAGCUUGGAGGACCCCAGAUCAUGGUUCCCAACGGCAUCACCCACCAGCUGGUACAAAACGAUCAGGAAGGUGCUGAGGCAAUUCUGAAGUGGCUCUCCUUUGUUCCCAGGGAUACCUGGUCCCUGCCGCAGUCUGUAACUUCUUUGGACCCUCCUGAACGAUUGGUGGAAUUUAGACCCACGAAACAGGCUUACGAUCCUCGGCACAUGUUGGCUGGAACGACAACUGACAAUGGCAAAUGGCUUUCUGGUUUCUUCGACCGAGGAAGUUUCGUUGAAUACAUGGCUGGUUGGGGCCGAAGUGUAGUAGUAGGUCGAGCACGCUUGGGGGGCAUCCCCAUGGGUGUGAUAGCAGUCGAGACCAGGAAUGUUGAAAGGAGAAUACCUGCUGAUCCCGGCAAUCCAGAGAGUAGAGAGAUUGUCGAGCCUCAAGCAGGGCAAGUGUGGUUUCCUGACAGUGCCUACAAGACAGCCACAGCCAUACGGGACUUCAAUGUGGGCGAAAAUCUUCCUUUGAUGAUCUUUGCCAAUUGGCGUGGUUUCUCUGGAGGAACUCGAGACAUGUACGGAGAAGUCUUGAAAUUCGGAGCUCAGAUUGUGGAUGCCUUGGUGGAUUACAAACAACCCGUCUUCAUUUACAUUCCCCCGGAGGGCGAACUCCGUGGGGGGUCCUGGGUAGUGGUGGAUCCAGCCAUUAAUCCCGAUGUCAUGGAGAUGUACGCCGAUCAAGACAGCAGGGGUGGGAUUUUGGAGCCGGCUGGCGUGGUGGAGGUGAAGUUCCGCGCGGCGCAGCGCAGGGAACUGAUGCAUCGCCUGGAUGAGCAGCUACAGCAGCUGGAUGAGCAGAUGAAGACGUCACCUUCCGAAGAGGUACAACAGGAGAUCCAGGCCCGAGAAGAGAUGCUGCAGCCACUCUACACCCAGGUGGCCUGUGAGUUCGCUGACCUCCACGACCGUGCGGGGCGCAUGAAGGCGGUGGGCGCCAUUAAAGAGAGUCUGGAGUGGCACUCUUCGCGCGAGUUCUUCUAUUGGCGCUUGCGGCGGAGCCUGCUGGAGAAAGGCCUCAUCCGCGACUUGCGCGCAGCGGAUUCUGCCAUGAACCAGCCAGUGGCCAUGGCCACUGUACAGGCGUGGUUGAAAGAAGACGCUGGGGGCAGCUGUAGCGAUCGAAGAGCGGUGGAACUGCUCCAAGCGAUGUCGGCGAAAGAGAAGGUCCGCAGCGUUCAUGCCAAGGCGGUGAAGCGACAGUUCCAUGAAGUUUGCGAUGAGUUGGUCCGUUCCGGGCAACUGGGUUCGCUGGGCCGCUGCUUCUUCCGCUGCCUGGUCCCCAACCGCGCUGACUGCGCCGUUCCUCCGCUUCGAGAGGAGACGCCGGCACCACGGGUGACACCGGCACCGCUGCCGGGCUUGUUGGGAAAGGUGCAGGUUGAAAAGAAACCGGCCUAAAGUGCUGGGAGGGCCUUGGACCAUGAAAAAACAUGGAAAAGCGGU